UCACUGUUGUCGGUGUCGAUGCUGUCUUCGCACUUCGUCUCACGGGAAGUAGGAGUAGGGACGAGUAGUUCGAACUGCAUUUAGACCCUAAUUAUUAUUUUUGUCUUGAUCUUAUGAUCAGGCAGACUGUAGAUAAAACAGCAGCGUACAGCUAGCUAGCUAGGUGUCGCUAGCACUGUCAUACGGCCAUUACGGGCUGUCAGCUAGCUACGACCAUCGUGUCGGUGUUCAGAAGAAUCAUCAUUUUGGUCAUAAGCGACCGGAACGCAUGCACCCCAAAUCGACGUAGAUCAUAGACAGCGUGUGAAGCCCGAUGAUGGCAGGUUGGAUAUGCCCGCUCCGUCUUCUUGUUCCUUUCCUUUCCUUAUGUUCCCUAGCAUCAGCUGAGACCUUCACGCUGCAUGGACAGGCGAGCUAUCUACAUUUUGACUACCCAUCAGAUGCAGGCGAAACAGCAGACACUGGAUGGAGUGCGAACUUCCAGCUCCGCACCGACAGCGUCAACGGUUUCGUGUUCGGCAUCUUUGCCAACGGUGUCGUGGCGUCGGUGGAGCUGCAUGAUGGCCAACUCGUACUGACCACGCGACCCGGGGAAGCUCAGCACUACGACGCUUCCCAACUUCUGGACGGCACCUUCAAGGAUUGGACGAUUGCACAAGCCGCGGAUGACCUGGUAACAACCGUCAGUGUUCGAUCGAGUAGUGGAGAUCAGAUCUUCACCGCCAACGCCACCUCCGAACAGAAACUGGAGGCAGCGGCGGCGGAGGUUUUCAUCGGCGGCACAGGUGCGCAUUCCGGCUACCAACUGAGUAGUCCUCCUCUGGCAGCAUGCGUUGAAGACGUACGUUUGCCGUCAUCUGGCGAGGUGACGGACCCCAGUGACUUGCUUGCUGUGGCUGGAUCAUGUGAGUGGUGCGAUUCGUCACAGUGCCAAGCGGGAACAACCUGCUUUGCGGAGGCCAGUGCGGCGGGUUGCAAUUGCGCCGACAGCGGAAAAUCUGGAACGAAAUGCGGCCAAGAUGCAAUUAUUGCUAGCUUUCCUGAACGAGCGCGCUGGUCCAAGCAGCUGAACAACGGUCGUGAGGAGUACUGCAACUCGACGACAGAUCGCGACAUCUACGUGCAGGUGAAAACGCUGAGCGGCAAUGGCACGCUACUCCGUCUUGUCCGCGACGGCGAUGAAGAGAUCACCGCCAUUCGUCUGGCGCUCCGUAACGGGUUUGUUGCGGCAGAGCUUGAUCGCGUGGAUGGGGGUGCACCAGUCGUCGUCCAGUCGGCCACCAAGGUCAACGAUAACGCAUGGCACUCGAUACAAGUGACGAUCGGUGACGGUGUGACGCUGAAGGUCGAUGCCGACGUCGCUGUUGCCAGUAGCAAUGCCGGCGAAGCCUUUCCACUGUGUCUCACCGGCCUGCUAGUCGUCGGAGGGGACUUUCCCAACGCCACUGGAAGUGAUUAUGUUGGCUGCAUGCGUGGUCUGCUUGUGGGCUACACUGCGCUGUUUGACCGUCGCUACGACGAUGAAACUGAGAAGCAUCGCGGUGUGGCGCACUACCGACGCCCGUUGCUUAGCGACACGUGCGUCGAGCAUCUGCUGGGGGCGUGCACGGCGGACAACAGCACUAUCUCCAGCGUUUCCCUAAUCCUGAACGACGCUCAGUCCGGCGUCUCCUUCUCCCGUGUGGCAGUGUCUACGCACGCCGAACUAGAGUUCACGUUCCGACUGGAGGAGCACGACGGGCUGCUGCUAUCGGCGUACGGCGACGAUGAUUACCUAUUCGUUCAGAUCGAAGACGCUCAGUUGUGCGUGCUGGCCAGAGCUGGUGGUGCUGGCGCGCAGGGCAUGAAGCUCUGCACGAGCAUAGCGGGCGGAGUGAGCGGCAGCGAGUAUCACCGCGGUCGCCUGCACAAGUCGGGUAGCGCCAUCGACGUCUUUGUGAACAAGCAGCAUGAGGGUACGAUGACGCUCGGCAGCGCGGCGCUGCACGUCGAUCACGAGCUGGUGUGGGGACGACUGGAGUCUCCGUGUGCUGGAGUGGGCAAUCGAUCAACGCUGGCAAAUGCCCCCGAGCUCAAGCCUGGGUACCGCGGUUGCAUCGGAAACUUGCGCAUGAACGGCUUCUGCGUCAGUAGAACGGAGGAUUUCAAGUGCACUUCGUCGGAAGUGAAUACAGCACCAGCGGGAAGUGGUGAUAGUGAACCUCAGUCCGGUGGUAUAUUCAUGGGAUGCCUGCACUACUACUGUGACACUAACGAAUGCAAGAACGACGGACGGUGCGUCAGCCGUCUGACACGCUUCACCUGCAACUGUCGCGAGACCGGCUACUUGGGCGAGCGGUGCGAAACACCUGGUCCAACCCUGACGUUCUUCGGAGGUGAAUCCGUCACUCGAACAGUGCCAAACCUUGAGGUUUCAGAAUUUUUCUUCCUCUACCGAUCGUGGAGGCAAUCUGAUGAAGUUGUUGCUCUGGCAACUGCGUAUGAAGAUGGAGAUGUAGUGGCAUUCAGAAUUUAUCAGGACGGUGAUAGUAUUACAUUUCACAUCCGAACAGCGGAUGGUUGGAAUGUACUGGAGGUUGAGCAACCCGGUUUGAGCACAUCAUUCGAAUACCACAAGGUGAAGAUUCAAAUGAGGGCAUCAUCCGGCGGAGUAGGCACUGACCUGGUAGCCUCAGUGACAGCAGCAGGUGGCAGACCCAAUAGCGAGCGAUUGUAUCUAUUAUUUACUGUCUAUAGUAUAACGCGCGUGGAGUUUGGCGUCAACAGCACAGUCAGCGGUCUCCCGGCGGCCACUGCGUUCCGUGGACACCUGCGUGAGUUUGUCAUCAACAGUGUGGACACGACGGCGGAGGCCGCGGCGCUCAUCCCUCCGACGGUUUCAUCGGCCGAAGUAGGCGAGCUACCAUUCCUCAACUACACGACGUUUUUUGCCACACCGGCGGUUGCCAAGGAGCUGCCGUUGCUAACGCCACUGGAGCGCAUCGUCUUCAGAUUCCGCACCCCGGUGGCCGAUGACGCGGUCUUGUUCGACGCUGAUUUCGUCACACUCCUGCUGAAGCGACGUCGCAUCGUCCUGCUGAUUCGCUCCGUUGCCGAGAACCCGGAGAGCCAAGUGCGCACGUACAUCCGUGAGGCUAGCAAGCUGAACGACCGCGAGUGGCACUCCAUUGACGUGGUCCUCAAUCACACCACACUGGUCGCCACCAUCUCCGUGGACGGCCACCAGACGACGCUGGAGUUUCUCAACAGCGACGUGCUGAAGCCGAACAAGUUGGCGUUCGGCGGCGCGCUGACCACAGCCCGCUACGACGUUCUGCCCGUGAAGCAGGGCUACCAGGGAUGUAUAGAGGCGGUCUGGAUCAACGACGUCUACGCCGAUCUUCACAAGGCUACUGCCCUGAACAGGUUCAGCGACUCCGACAUCUUGGAAAGAUGUCCAGCGUGUUUGCCGAUCUCGCCAUGUUACAAUGAGGGUGUGUGUGUCGAUAAUCUGGACGAGUCCUAUACAUGUCAAUGUUCAGGGACUGGGUUCGUGGGACCACGCUGUUUGCAAGAGGCAACGACUGCGACGGUGAAACAGAACACCACACUGACACUGGACCUUGCUAUCGAGGAGGCCACUCCACGGUCGCUUGUCUUCUUGUACCGUAGCUGGGAGCAAGACAGCACCAUGGUCAAUCUGGCCACGCUACGCAGCACAGACAGUUCCCCCACUGUACUAAUUCAGCAGGUGGCGAGUGGCAUACGUGUUCUGGUAGCGGCCGCUGGGGCGGGAGCGGCGGAUCUGAUCGAAGCAGCAACCAUACCGAUCUCUGACGUUUCGACAUUCGAGUACAAGAAGAUCUCGGUGUCAUUUCCGAAACCGGGUGACGCAGCAGCGAACCAGUUCAACGUCACCGUUGACUCCGGGUCCCCAGUUGGCGUAGAUCUGCCUGGUAGCCCGCUGCAGUUGGGAUCGAUUGAGUUUGGUUUGCCGCUGCGAGGCGGAGCAGCCGCUGACGGAGCUUCACUUUCCGGUCAUCUCCGCGACGUUCUGUAUAAUCAUUACAGUGUGGUCGACGCCAUCUCCAAUGGCGACCGACAAGUCACUUCGAACGCGACGGUCGGCGAGGAGACGUUCACGGAUUACGUCAUACACUACCUCGUCGGCGGGUCGCAUCACCAGAUCAAUACGAACGAGGCCGUGCACUCGCUCGCCUUCUCCAUCAUACCAAGCAAUAUGGACGAAGACAGCGUGCUGUUGGACGUGAACGGACACGAGUACGGCAGUAUCCAGCUGCUCGUCUUUGGUGGUGUACUGCAGCUGCAGGUGACCAAUGAUCCCGAUUUCGAAUCGCAGACCAACACAGCAACACUUCCCGUUCUGUCCACGCAGUUGUGGACGCCGAUAUCGGUGACCAUUGACAACGCCGGUAAAACCGUGGAGAUGACCGUCAACAGUGCCUCGCGGUCCGUUGACUUUCCGAGCAGCUUUGACGCUACCGAGCUGCUCCGGCUGACGGUUGGCGGUGCAUCGCCGACGCGCUUGACUGCACUGGGCAACGCCACGUCGUCCCCUCUUGCUGGUUACCGUGGUUGCGUGAAGACGUUUGCCAUCAACGACGACAGCGCCGAACUGUUGCCUAGCAACGCCGUCGACGUCAACGACAGCGUUUCCACGGUGCUGCCGCAGUGCCUGGCGUGCAAUGUGUUCAACGAGACAUGCCACACUGGCGGCCGCUGUAUCAACGAAGACGAUCUGACCUUCAAGUGUGACUGCUCGUUGACAGGCAAGAGUGGGAAGCAUUGCUUGAACGAACCUGCCGCAGUUACAUUCAAUGCAAGCGGCUCGCUCAUCUACAACGUAUCGCAAAGCGGCGACGAAGCAGUCGCCGACGUCAGCUUCUACUUCCGAUUAUGGCAGUCGCCGCAGCCUCAGCCUAAGACGCUGCUCGUGUCGGUGAUUGGCGCUGCGAGCUCGUACGACGUUGUUCAGGAAGACAACGCCAAGUUAGCGGUGCACCGUGUCGCCGCUGGAACACGCGUGAGCCUCGGCUCGGUCGAAUACUCGCUCGCCAAUCUGAACGAGAUACGCAACUUCCAGUACCUACCCGUGCGCUUUACGCUUCGGAAAAACUCACUGCGAUUGAAAGUCGGCGGGAACGACGCAUUCGAUAGUGACAUCGAUGCAUUCUCCGCGGUUAAAGUCCAUUUUGGCAUGCCGGCAUCGGACGAACUGGACUCACCGGUUGGUCACUUCAAGCAGAUAAUCAUUAACGCUGCGCAGAUCAUUACGGAUGCCAGCACCGUGAGCAGUGGUGUUUCGCUCGGCGAGUUGCCGUUCGAUACGUACACGAUCUCGUUCACCGAUGCGACAGUCAGCAAGUCCGCCACCCUGGACAAGCCUGUGGAGUCAGUACAGAUAGCCAUACGUCCGCGUCCGCAUGAGAACGACGCCAAUGCCUGGGCACUGCUGACAGUCAGGACAGGUGACCUGGUCUUCUCCGUCAUGAAAAACGCCGGAGAGGAUUCCGUUACGUUGACGGCAACGAGCACUGAUGGCAACACUGUUGGCGGUGACCAACCGUCUGUGUCUGUGCCUCUCGACGUCUCGAUGCCGAGCAAGUGGCAGAACAUCGCGCUCGCCAUCCAGUCCGACAAGGCCACCAUUACGAGCGAGAGCACAGAAACCCUUUCCUGGGGUGGGUCGCUUAACCCCGCCAAGCAGGACGCGGAAAGUUCUGUCACAGUAGGCGGUCCGAGCGUGGGCCUUCCCGGCUAUCUAGGCUGCGUCGAGUCGAUGUUCGUCAACAGUGAGUAUGUCGACCUGCACCGCCUGCCCGUCUCUGGACUAGCCGAGGACGUUGAGCCCGAGGAGCAAACGAGUGUCGUUGCGGGCUGCCCCGAGUGCCAGUUCUCCAGCCCCUGCCAGCACGGUGGUGUGUGCGUUGACCUGCCUCGGGACCAGGUCGGCUGCGAGUGUGACACGACAGCGUACCGCGGUGUGCACUGCGCAAAACGUGCUACAUCCGUGACCAUGUUUGGCAACAGCAGCAUCACGUACAGUCCGUCACCGGCCGUCAUGCUGCGCCGCUUCUACCUGCACUUCCGACAGUGGCAGGCCGCGGUGGGCGACUUUGCCGUGCUCGCCAGGCUAUCGGUCGUCGGCCAAGCCAGCGUGCUGUCGCUCCAGGCCGAUAGAGACAUGGUGCGCUUGGUGGAAGGCGAGAGCACACUGGCGGAGUUGGCAAUCGAGAACGCAGGAAAGUUCCGUUACUCUCUGGUCAGCGUUGACCUGACAACCAACACACUGCUACUGGCGGAAAGCAAGGUUUCGGCGGCCAGGAACGAUCGUGCCGUGGCCUUCACUCCGUCCGCAAGCUACCAGAAGGCGUUGGCAAGCGCGGUCGUUUCCGAGUCGUUUGUGGGCCACAUGCGCGAGAUCACAGUCAACGAUGUCCAUGUGCUCGAUUCGAAUCAGACUCAGCUCGACAGGUCACUGUUGUCGGAACGUUCUUUUGACCCGUACACGGUAUCGCUGACGCCGGAAUCCUUCCUAGCGCUGAGCAUUGAUCAGGAGCUACACACCAUGGAGCUGUCCGUGCUGCUGCCGUCGAGCGAGACUCCAGGCAUGGUGACGCGCAUCGCAGGUAUCGGCACUCCCCUCGGAUUCAUCUCUCUUCUCGCCGUGGACGACACAUUGAAGAUUGGCGUGGCUAGCGAUCAAGACGGUAACGGCGAGUCUGUUGUCGACUUCCCGCAGCCAGUCGCCAGUAUCCAGGACGACGUGAACCGGAGAAUCCGUCUCCAUGCCAACCAGCAAACGCGUAUAAUCCGCGUAACCGUGUCAACAGGGGACGGCCAGGAUGCGGUCCAGUACCACCUGAAUGUCAGCCAUCUGACUGUCGCCACUAGCGACGACUCACGUGGUACGGUCACUCUGGGACACCCAACGGACACCAAUGCGAUCAAUUUCUGUAUUGAGAACCUGUACGUGAACAAGGAACCGCAGAACCUGCACGACGAGCUGUCGCGCUUCGAGUUCUCCGUCCAGCCGAGCGCCGCACGCUCCCGGCCCAUCACUACCUUCUGCGAGCUGUGCACGCUCGAGCAGCAGCGUGGCUUCUGUCGCAACGGCGGCGAGUGUUCGCGUGGCGAGGACGAGCAGCGCUACUGUACGUGCUCCGGCCAAGAGUUCUUCGGCCUGCACUGCGAACAAAGUGUUGCUCCGUUCACGUUCCAUGGCAGAGAUGGAGAGGUCGUCACCUACCCGAAGGCUGACAGCGGUGCAGCGUCGCGGCGCGUUUCCAGCGUUCAGUUCUCUUUCCGAGCGUGGAACCCACUGGGGGCACGCUCCGUCGUGACCUUGGUGCGCGAUGGCGGAGCGGUUGCUUGGCUGUAUGUCGACUACAGAGGCAUAUGGCUGGCUGCAGACACGACGCCUGGCGAGCCCGUCAGACUGCGCGAGUUCCCGCGCCGACCGGCGUUUGAAUACAUCCCAGUCGAUGUUGUAGUUAAUCUGGACUCGAUUACAACUACGCUCGGCGAGGACGAUGCCGUCACGAUCCGAAUUGUUCCCGGCAGCGUCAAGAGUGUCCAGUUUGGCAAGCCCGCAGCAGUGGAGCAGGACGGGCAAGAACAGUUCCGCGGCCAUAUCAAGGAUGUGCUCGUUAAUGAGGCUCGCCUCAAUGGUCGUGACGACGAUGAAAACUUUGCCCUCAGCCAGGUCAGUCCCGGCGAGGAGGACUUCAACCACAAGGGCUGGCUGCUCGCCGACAGUUUCAUCCGCAUUCCUCUCUCGCCGCACACCGACUCUCUUUCGUUUUUAGUUCACCGCGACAGUGACACCAGCGUCGGUGACGGUGGUGCAGCAGAACGUACGGUGGCUGUCCUGUCAAGCAGUGGCCAAGCGCUGCUCACCGUUCUGUCCACUCGAGAUGCUAAGCUCAAGUACGUUGUCACCGGUGGUGAGUCCGUGGAGAAGGACGCCAGUGACGGCUGGACUUCGACCAGUGUCACCCUUCGCCCGCUGCAAGGAGAGAUUCAAGUCGAGGAGCGCCUGUUCAAGAUAAACGCGUUUGAACUGGACGAUGCCUCUCUGCUUCUAGGAAAGGCCGCCGCUGGCUCUCCGUCCACGGACGCAUACGUCGGCUGUGUUCAACAUGUGCGUAUCAACGACCGUGUGGUUGACAUCAUCUCCAGCGGGGAUAGCCAUGGCACACCAGUAUCCACUUGCCCGCUGUGUCGUAUUCAGCAACAAUGUUCCAGAUCAAGUCUGCAAUGUGCGCCGGACAACCGAGAUGCAUGCGUUUGUGACCCCGGCAAAGAAGGAGCUGACUGCAACAGCGAUGUGUCUUUCGCGACGCUCUUUGGAAACAACUCGCUGCAGUACCGCAUCGAGGAUGGCUCUGAGCACCUACAGUUUUCCUACCGUGCCUGGCCGCUAGCGAAACUGACGCAUAUCCUAGCGCUGCAGGACAUCAAUCACAGGGUCACUCUGCACAUACAGGAAACCGAGAACUGUGUACGUGUUUCGUGGCGCACAGCCGUCACCGGAGAGUUCCAAACGCGGGACGUUUUCUGCGAUUCGGACAAGAUGCGAAAGUUUGAGUACAGAACCGUCGACCUGGGCCUGUCCCGUCGCCAGGCGACCACGUACAUCCGGCUACGUAUGGCUGGUGAGCCCGACGUUGAACCCAACGUGGCAAUUACAGACGGUGCAUUCCCACCGCAUGUGUACUUGAGUACUGGCAUACCUCCGGAAGCUGACGCGUUCCCGAAGGAUUACGAUACCGGCGUUCCGUUCACUGGACACUUUAGAUCGCUGAUGCUCGAUGGCGUACCGGCAUUCCAGACGAUCGGCUCGGAUCCUCGGUUCGUAGCCGAACCAGCGCAGGGAGAGAUUCCCUUUGUGGGCGAGCGCCUCGUACAGCUGCCCACAACAGCAGCAUCAGCAACGCCUGGAUCGAUUGCCACGACGCAAGGUGCCAAGGAGAAGAGCGGUGGUGGUGCUGGUCUCUGGUGGAUACCGAUCAUCAUUGUUAUUCUCAUCAUUCUGAUAAUCAUCAUAAUUGUUAUCGUGUAUCGCCGCUACAAGAAGCAACGCGACGAGAAGCGGGAGCGGGAGGCGGCGGAGAAACGCGGCGAGAGCGACGCUUGAUUGGCGCUGGGCACACACGGAGCGCUGGAUGCACAGCUCUGUAAGAAGAGCUACUGUUGCUGUGUUGAGAGCCGCCGGGUGUAUGUGCCGUGUGGUGCCGCCCAGUGCCCGUCCAGCUGCCCUACUUGGCAACCUCUCCGCCCAUACAGCGGCAGCUCAGGCAGACGUUUUAACUCAAAUUCUAGGUGCUCGCUGACGGUUUCAAAUUGUCCUAUGUUGUAAUUGCUGGCCUUUUCACGGAUCAUUCCACUCUUAUAAUGACUGCUUUUAGGAGAAGACGUGACUUGAAAGUGAUUUCAAAAUAUUGAUUAUCAGCAGGGACAGAACGAAGUGCUUGCGCUUUCAAAUGUCUCGCUACCGGAGACAAUUCUGCAAUAAUUAACACCGCUAAUUGGAGCAAUAUCUGCCACACGGUUUGCGUGUGUGCGUGUGUGUGUGUGUGUGUGUGUGUGUGUGUGUGUGUGUGUGUGUGUGUGUGUGUGCACAAGUUUCUAUGUCUAGCAUAGCUGUUCGCAAUCAAUGCUUCCGGGCUGGGCAUGUCUGAGUCUGUAUGUGUGUGUGUGUGUGUGUGUGUGUGUGUGUGUUUGUGUGUGUGUGUGUGUGUGUGUGUGUGUGUGUGUGUGUGUGUGUGUGUGUGUGUGUGCACGUGUGUGCACGUAUUUGUGUGUGGGUGAGUUGGUGCUUUUUUUAGUGCACCUUCCAGCUGCAAGCUGUUCAUCGGCCUUAGCCAGCGACUCCAAUUACUAAACCUUUCCUAUCCACACCAUUCCCCGCUGCCAUGGUGACCAGGUAUACCAAACUUUUUUUCAAUUAUUUCAUUCCCUCCCCAAAGUUUGGUCCCAGCCCAUGGUGUUGCGUAAUCAACUUGCUGCAAUCUUGGCCGCCAUAAUCUCAUUUUGCCUUAGGCAAUCAUUUAAAGACACGGUGCAGUCAUGUACAUGUAUACCUAGGUGGAUUUUAUCUUUUGGCCAGUAUGCCUACUGCUCA